AUGGCUCGUAUCAGACACGAAACUGUGCCUGGAGAUGACGUCUACGGGCCCGGGACGUACAUCGACAAUAAUGUGCUCCCGGCUCCCGAAGACGCAAGGCGAAUCUUCGAGUUGCUUGCAUCAAGGACACCAGGCUUCACCAAAGACGCUAGUCUAUGGGAUACCGUCAAAUUUGAAGGCCGAUCAGACCCCAUGAUUCCUGGUCCCAUGAAAGCCCCUCUGGUAUCUGCUGCGCUGCAUGCGAUGUGCGGAUUGGUCGCGAACGAAUUGCUUGAGCUCCGUGAUGAAAAACCAGCGAAGGAAAGCAGCGUGACGGUCAAUACAGAUCACGCUGGCAUUUGGCUAGGGGCAACCUUUACCACGUACGUGGAAGGGUCGGAUAUUUCUGCUCUCGCCCGCAGUCGCUCUUUGUCAAAGAUUUUCGCCAGGGAUUUCGAGCAAGGAUUUGGCAUUGGGCCAUUGGCUGGAAGAGCCACGGCGCUUUAUCCUACGAAAGAUCCCCGGGUGUGGUAUCAGCUUCAUGGAUCCCUCGAUGCAAGCAAGACUCUCAAAUCAAUGGGCAUUGACAUGGAAGCUUCAUUGCAAUCCUUGGCGGAAGGGUACAAAUAUAUCAAGGAUCACGUCCAGAAGUGGAGCGCGGAUGAGUUGGAGAUGCAUAACUUGAGACACGGACUGUGCGGGAGCAUCUGUUAUUCGCCUGAGGGAUGGAGAGCCACCGAGAUGGGGAAGCGCCUGGCUGCGCAUCCCUUGGUAAAUUAUACUCACGAGUCAUAUGCUCGUCCAACUCCUUCUGUGCCACUUCCAAAGGGCUCGGAUCGUCGCCCACUGGCAGGAAUCAAAGUUCUCGAAAUGGUACGCAUUAUCGCAGGUCCAGCUAUCGGUGUGACUCUCGCCUCGUUUGGUGCCGAUGUGAUUCGCGUCAACUGUAGCAGACUGGUGGACUUGAACGUGCUUCAACUGACCCUUAACGCGGGGAAACGCACGGUGGACCUCGAUGUUAGCAAAGAGUCUGACAUGAACCUCCUCAGAGACCUUCUGAAUGAUGCAGAUGUCUUCAUCCAAGGGUUCCGAUACGGUUCUCUCGACAGGAAGGGUCUUGGACUACAGAGCUUGCUGGAGAUGGCUGCGAAGCGCAACAAGGGCAUCAUCUACGUAGAUGAGAACUGUUAUGGAUCCGAUGGACCAUUUGCAGAGCGACCAGGUUGGCAGCAAAUAGGAGACGCUGCUUCUGGGGCGUCAUAUGUAAUGGGCAAGUUUUGGGGAUAUGAUGAGGGAACCGGUGUUCUUCCGCCUCUUCCCAUCUCAGAUAUGAUGACUGGUGUCGUUGGUGCCCUGGCAACAAUGCUGGCUAUUCGAGACCGCGCGCUUAAUGGUGGAUCUUACCAUGUUGUCAGCUCAUUGGUUGCGGGCGACACAAUUCUUCUCGACCCCGAGGUUGGGCUCUACCCAAGAGACGUGGUGCAGAAGACCCUUGAUCAGUUUACGUUUGAGCGCUCGUCCCCUGAUCAGUUUGUCUCUGAGAUUUUGCUGCAGAUAGUUGAUGGCUGGAAGCGGGUGUUCCCGGAGUAUCUGACACGGGAGUCUCCCUUUAUGACAAGCUUCAAGGACACGCCAUGGGGCCAAAUGGAGCUUCUCAAACCGGUCGCGAAGUUGGCGGAUGAGGAGGCAACCCCUCGAUGGAAGACGGGCCCAGUCCCUAACUGCCAGAACAGCACUAUCAGAUGGGCGUAA